GGAUAAUACUAGAUAAAGUCAGGUAUUCUACUUCAAAACGACAGGUAGUUACAUAAAAUCUGAAAAACCCGAGAUGUCAAAAUAUAGUGAAGCAUGUUGCAGGUAUGACUUUUCCCCUUUCCCAGCAGUUCACCCUAUAUUUAACUCAGUAUAACCACUCGCCAGCCACAUCUUAUAGAAUCCCCCCCAUUGUUGACGAGGGCUAUGAGCUCGAGGGCACGUAUAUUGAACUCAACGGGAUAGGAAGAUGUGACGGGCUCAUGAGUGCCCGCGCCAAUCUCAAGGAUGACAAAGUGAGAGCCGAGUAUGAAAGGAGCUACAAGCUUGCCUUAGGGUUCUUCCAUGAUCAUUUCUGAGAGGAUAUUCUCGUGCUCUUUGAUGGUUCAUAAAACUCUAAUUAUUUUAUUAUUUUUUAUUCGAUCCCUUUGUAGUGGAAGUUUCAUAUUUAAGUAACUACAUAAACUAGGUGUGAGGUGUAAGUUGCC